AUUCCACUUCCGCCUUAAAAAUAAAUAAAUUUUUCUUAUCGUUUUGUGUGAUUUACGGCAGAUAACAAUGAGCUAUAAUCCAUAUGGAGGAGGUCAACCCUACCCUCCCCAAGGUGGCUACCCCGGGGCCCAGCAGCCUGGUUACCCUCAACCAGGGGGGUACCCUGCUCAGGGAGGAGUUUCUAUGCCGACCCCAGAAUCUGCAGGGGCAGGGGGAUAUGGUGGUGCCCCCUAUCCAAGUGGAGGUGGUGGUCUACCUUACCCAGCCCAACCUGGGGGAGGAGGAUUAGGCUUUGAGGGAGUAGGUGGUCCAGGGUCUGCUCCCUAUCCCGGGGGUGGGGCAGGUUACCCUCCAGUGGGACAACCCGGAUACCCACCAGCAGGAGGUCAGCCUGGAUAUCCUGCUCCAGCACAACCUGGAUAUCCUGCACCCAGUGCCUCACAACCAGGAUACCCAGCGCCUGCCCCAGCACAACCUGGAUACCCCACUCCGGGAUGUGCACAACCCGGAUAUCCAGCACCUGCCCCAGCACAACCCGGAUACCCCACUCCAGCUGCCUCACAACCUGGAUACCCAGCCCCUGCACCUGCACAACCUGGAUACCCCAGCCAGCCUGGGUAUGGAGCAGGUGGGGUUCCCCCUGCGGCAAAUUACAACACUCCAACUCCAGGAUAUCCCUCAGCUCCUGCCCCAACAGCCCCACAGGCAGGAGGGUAUGGAGCUCCUGGAAGUAAAGGACCCGGUUACCCAGGGGGGACAGGAGGUGUUGUUGCUGGUAUGAAGAACAUGAAUAUAGGUGGAACUCAAAAAGUUAAGACACAGGGCACUGUUAAGGCAGCCAGUCCAUUUAGCGCAGAAAAUGAUGCAAAGAUCCUACGUAAAGCCAUGAAAGGUAUAGGAACUGAUGAGAAGGCUGUCAUUGAUAUUCUGGGCCACAGAAGUAACAAACAAAGACAAGAGAUCUCACUACUUUUCAAGACAAUGUAUGGAAAGGACUUGAUUAAAGAGUUGAAGAGUGAGCUUGGGGGUAAACUGGAGGAUGUUAUCCUUGGGAUGAUGAUGCCGAGAGAUGAUUAUGAUGCUUCUGAACUUAGACGUGCUAUGAAGGGAAUUGGAACAGAUGAGGAAGUCCUAAUUGAGAUCCUUUGUACCAGAAGCAAUGCAGAAAUCAAUGCAAUAAAACAAUCCUAUAAAGUCCAUUACCGUCGGGAAAUGGAGAAAGAUUUGAUGUCAGAGAACUCUGGACACUUCAAACGUCUCAUGAUUUCUAUGGCUGCUGCAGGCAGACAAGAGAACCAACCUGUUGAUAGGAACAAAGCAAAGCAGGAUGCUAAGCGCCUAUAUGAAGCGGGUGAAGCUAGGUGGGGAACAGAUGAAUCAGUUUUCAACAUGAUCCUCUGCUCUCAAAGUUUUGAGCAGCUGAGAUGUGUGUUUGACGAGUAUGCCCUAAUCUCAAAGAACCCUAUAGAAACGGCAGUAAAGCGAGAAUUCUCCGGUGAUAUUGAAAAUGGAAUGCUUGCAAUAGUUGGAUGUGUCCGCAAUGGGCCUGCCUACUUUGCCACUAAACUCUACAGAGCAAUGAAGGGUUUGGGAACAGAUGACCAGGCUCUUAUAAGAGUGACUGUUACCCGUUCUGAGGUAGACAUGGUGCAGAUAAAGCAAGAGUUCCAGAAGCUAUACCAUCAGUCCCUAGACCAGUUUAUAAAGGAUGACUGUUCAGGGGAUUACAAGAGGAUAUUACUAACACUCGUUGGCUGUCCAUAUUAGGAUAUAUUACUGACACCUUUCCAUAUUUGGAUAUAUUACUGACGCCUGCCCAUAUUAGACCAUUGCGUAUUAAUAUCUGACAUGGGAGUCAGUUUCAUUUGAAUACUAGAUAUAGUAGACUGAAUGAAUUUGUUCUUCUCUCAAAAAGAUUGAAAGCAGCAUAUGAUUUUACUGAACUUGUAUAUUAUAAUUAAGAUGCAAAUGAGGUGUAGGUUUGCACUAUUUCUCUGAUCUACUUUAUGGUUGUAGUGUUACUUGCAUGUGAUUGGGCCCUUACCAUGAUGUGGCCAUUAUGAUGCUCUAUAUAUUAUCCAUAUAUUAUGAAUAAUGUCAUACAAAAUCCUCUAUAUUUGGAAAUAUAUGGAGUUGUAUUGAUUCUGCUUGAAUUC